GCCCUGCGCAUGCGCCACCCGGCCAGGGCCACGCAUGCGCUGUUCCGGGAGAGCGGCGGCGGGAAGUUCCAGAUUGAAUCCUAUUUUGCGAUGGUCCUCCAAUGAUAAAGAAUGAUGGAGAAAUGCCUGAUAUACCACCGUCAAUUCUACAGUGAGAUGUUGGCUGGAGAAAAGCCCAGUAAAAGCAGUCAUGAACUAGCAGUGUUCCUUUAUCCUGAUGUGUGUGAGAAAGACUCCAUCUUUUCCAUAGAAAUUAAGAAAAGUAACCAGGUAUAUAAUUUCCAUGGGGACUCAGUGUCUGUAGACAGUCAUGGCACGCUACUAGAUCACCAUUCAUCAACAACUGAAGGUCAGAAUGAAAUGUUGUUGCUUCAAAUGAACAUGAUUCACCUGCUGAGUUCCAAGCUGUAUUCUGAAAUACCAAGAGAAGAUGUCAGAGAAACGUAUUUGAAGACCAUAACAAUACUAUUAGAAGAUAUGGAAAUUAUACCUAAAUUGGCUCUCUUGUUUGGCUGCCAAGAUAAGUUGUUGUCUCACAUGGCAAUGAAAUGUAUUGCAUCUUUGAUUCUGGUUCAGAUUUUAUUUACGAAGCUGCCCAUUGAUAGUUGGAUGAACAGCUGCCUGGACAUUCUGUCCAAAGAGCCUGGAAGUCAGCAAUCAGCUCAUUGGGUCCAAACUGUUACAGUGAUAGUCAAAGACAUCUUGAAGGGGAAAUCUCAGGACAAGACAGGUACUUUACAGAAGCUGCUCAUCCCGAUGGAUACAGCACUCCAUAACCUGUAUCUCUUCACCUUUUCCUCAUGUCGUGGUGGCAGCCAAACAAGUGGAGAUUUUACACAACCUGAUGAUGAAAGUGUUGCCACAAUCAGCCAGCUUGCUGUUGUACAUUUGCUUGAAGUUAUGGUUGGGAUUCAAAACCAUCUGGAACUAAACCUGUCUUGCCUAAAGACAUUAUAUCUGCAUACCCCACUAGUACUUGAUUUUGUCACUUCCUCUGCUCAAUACUUCAUUAAGAAGAAGCUGAUUUUGCUGCUUAAAAUGUGUAUGCUUGGCCAGGCAAGUGAUGAUGCCUGCAAUCCCUGCCAUGCAAGUCCUCAGCAAGAUAGCCACUUACACGGUGACUUACUGGAGGUAUCUUUCACGUUGCUACAGGCUGUGAGUUUGGGGUGGUUAAAGCGGAUUCCUGUGAAUCCCAGGCCAUGUCUCUUUGGAGGCAGUGAGAUACUCGAUGUAGAAAAUAAUACUCCUGGUCCAGACAUGGUAAUGUUGAGGACUGUAAGCCUUAUAUUAAUCAAAGCCAUGGAGAUUAAUCUGAAGAAUACAAUGGACGCAGUGAAAGAUAAAGGCUGCCUGAAGAAUGAACUCCAAUCAUGUCUGUCUCAGCUGAUGCUGUUUCUGAAGAUGCAUCUCCAGGGCUGUGCACAGUUCCAGCAGCUGCCUCAUCCAUGUGCCUGGGUUUCUUUUGUCUUUGUGGAGCAGGAUGAUGAUCUAGUAGAGGUUGCCAGUGCACUACUAACCAUCUAUACACACUGCCGAGGAUUUUUGGAAACAGAUGCUCAGGAAAAUGCAGCAACCUCUCAAGAAGCCCAUGGACAAUGGUUCAAUCCACAUUGUAUCUUCCUGCUGUUGUUGAAGAGUUUAGCGUUUGAUCAUCAUGUCUUGCUGGAUUUUCUGAUUUCCUGUGAAACUUGUUUCCUGAAGUACUUGGUGAAAUAUUUGCGUCUACUCCGGAAGGACUGGCAAUCCUUCUGUUGCAUUUGUGCUCAGUUUGAUGCUUCCUCAGAACCAUUUUGUCCACCACAUGAUAAUGAAGUUUGCAAGAACCAUGUUUUCACUGCUAAGAUCGAGCGAGACAGUGAAACUCUUGACGAAGGUUCAAGAAACACAUUUGUGAGCCCUCAGAUACCAUGGCCUUCUCCACCCAAGGAAGAGCCUGGCUCCAGCUGUGAUCCUGACCUCGUGGUGAACAGUAAAAUGACCCAGUUACUGAGGCUGGUGGAUUAUAACACCUCGGACAACUCUGAUAGUGAUGACGGGGAGACCACCUGCUUGAAUAUUGGCAGUAAAGGUGAUGUUGAAAUGAGUAACACCGGAACAGCCGAUAAGAUAGUGCUGCAGAAGGCACAAACAAUGGGGAACAUCAAAAAUGUAAAUACAUAUAGUUGUGAAAAGAAUCCAGAAAUGGAAUUAUCCUUGGAAGGAAUGUUGAAGAAAUUCAUGGGGUGUUUGCGUGAGUUGAGGAAAACCAUUGGGCGAUUGCAAGGAAGGGGUCUGUUUCCAUACAAUGCAACGCCGCUGCUAAAACUGCUGUUGGAUAUUGAGACAUGCAACCAAUGCAAGCUCAGCAUUGCCAUCAAUGAAGGAAAUAUCACACAUGAUUCAGGCAACAGUCUUUAAUCCCUGCAAAAACUUGCCUUUUAUAUCACGAAACUGCACACUUGUCAAAAGGUUCUGUAAUAUUUGUACCAUAUUGCAUUGUGUUUGUGUUUUAUCUAGUUUUGGGAGCAAAUUAAUAAAUUCACCCUUUAUUAAAUUG